AUGAAGAAAUCUGGUGUGCAAGCAUCCGCCUCCUUGAAGGAGCCGUCUUCUCCUUCUCCUUCCGAUCCCAAGCAGCAGUCUCUUCCAGUGGGAGAGUACGAGGUGUUCUUAAGUUUCAGAGGUCCAGACAUUCGCGAUUCCUUUGCCGAUUGGGUCUACAGAGGUCUGGUUCGUUCCAAAAUCCGCACUUUCAGAGACGAAGAAGACUUACAAAGGGGGGAAAAGAUGGAACAUUUUCUCCUCCGAGCUAUCGUCGAAACGAAGAUCUACGUCCCCAUCAUCUCCCCCAAAUACGUUGACAGCAGGUGGUGCCUCCAGGAGCUUGCUAAGAUGGUGGAGUGUUGGAAGCUAGGGAAGGGACACGUCAUCCUUCCGAUCUUCUACUUUGUUGCUCCCAGUGAAGUGAAGAAACAGGAAAGCGUUGGUUUCAAAUCGGCGUUUAAAUUGUACGGUGAGAAAUUUGACGCUGCGACCAUUGGGCAAUGGAAAGAAGCUCUCAAACAAGUCGGGGAAAUGAAAGGUUGGCACGUGACAGAACAUGUUGGACAAGGGACUGUGAUAAACGAGGUUUUUGUACAAAUUGAAUCCCAUCUAAGGAAUAGUUACAAGCUGGCCACAGAUGAAUUGGUGGGAAUUAAUUCCCAUGUAGAAAAAAUGAAGAAAUUGUUGAAUCAUGUUGAUUCUGCUAGUCAGAAAAUUGUGGGUAUUCAUGGUAUGAGCGGUACUGGUAAAACAACUAUAGCUAAGGCCGUCUACAAUGAAGUUUCUGCACAAUUUGAUCAAUCAUGCUUUAUGGAGGAUGUACGGAGAAUCUUAUCAACGGAGAAUGGUGGUGAUGUUACUCUGCAAACUAAUAUUAUUUCAAGUAUUCUGAAGGUUGAUUCUCAAGUUAGAAAUGUCGGUGAAGGAAUAAACAUCAUAAGAGACAGAGUUUGCCGGCACAAAGUUCUUAUUGUUCUUGAUGACGUGGAUGAAAGAUUCGACUUCGAUCGAGUUUUCGGUAGAUUAGACUACUUUUCUACAGAAAGUAGAUUUAUUAUCACUACGACGGACAAGAGGGUUUUGAUCAAGUUUGAUCAUAAGUUGUACGAACCAGAAGAAAUGAGUCACGAGUACUCCCUUAUGCUUUUCAGCAAGCAUGCUUUUGGGGCUGAUCAUCCUCCAGGGGAGUUCCUUGAUAGGUCUGAGAAGUUCGUUGAAGCCGCAUCAAGAUUACCUAUAGCUCUUAAGGUCAUAGGAUCACUUUUGUUUCGUAGAGACAUGAAAUUUUGGGAUGCGAAGCUGGCGGAAUUAAGGAGCAUACAUCCUACCAAGGUGCAAGAGAGAUUGAGGAUCAGCUACAACGAAUUGACGUACUAUGAAAAACAAAUAUUUCUUGACAUCGCUUGUUUCUUCGUCGGAGAGGGUAAGGAAAUACCAUUUUACAUGUGGGACGGCUGUGGUUAUCAUCCAGAAGGUGGGAUUGAUUCUCUUUUGAUGAAGUCCUUGAUUAAAAUCAACGAAAAGAAUCAAUUUUGGAUGCAUGAUCACUUUAGACGACUAGGGGAACACAUUGUUCAUGAAGAUUACCCACAACAGUCUUUCAAGCGUAGCAGAAUUUGGUCAAAUGAAGAUGCUUUGGAGAUUUUAAGAGCCAGGCGUAGUUAUUAUCGAGUAGAAGCUUUAAGAAUUGACAUGAGGAAUAUGAUCGAAGGCCAGGACGGCGUCGUACCAUUAAUGAAGAAGCUGCCAGGGCUAAGAUACCUUGAAGUGGCCUAUGGAAGGCUGGUCGGAGAUCUCAAAGAGGCUCUUCCGAAGCUACGAUGCCUUCGACUGCGCCAUUGCAGCUCCGUUCCGGCCAAUUUCAGCAUGGAGGAAUUGACAGUUCUCGAGCUACGUGGUUCCACAGUUAAAGAUGAUUGGAAAGGCUGGAACGGACUACUAGGAGCACGCCAGUUGAAAGUUGUGGAUCUCUCAUCGUGCCGUGACUUGGAAACGCCUCCAGAUUUGUCUCGAUGUCCAAGUCUGCAAGUGCUCAAUCUCUCCCACUGUUCAGCAAUGAAAGGACAACUCCCCAUUAGCAGUCUCACCGAGCUAAGGCAGCUCAACAUCUCUCGAACCAAAAUAACAGAGCUAAGUGGUGGCGACAAUCUUACUACCAAGCUUCAGAAGCUCCAAACGAUCAGUGCGCUGGAUUCUGCUCUGACAAGCUUGCCAGCCGAUUUACAACACUUGAGCUCACUCAAGACCUUAGAAUGGACAACCAAUUCCCGAAAUGCAACUAACGUGGAUCACAAUAAACUACUUUUUCUGCCGGCGGGGUUGACCCGCCUGACUCUCUCGCGCACCAAAGUAGCCAACCUUUCCGAUCUCGAGGACUUGGAAGAGCUACGAUUCGAGCAUUGUCCUCCUCAGACCUCAAUUCUCGAGGAUAUAGCGCGACUGUUCAAGUUGAAGACCCUGAUGCUGCGGUUCUCCGAAGACAGUUCAAGCCAAGACGAUCAGAGAGCCAUCACGACGAUGGCUCUCCCGUUGUCGCUGACCCGCCUUCACGUGAGCCACUGCAUACAUCGGGAGACAUCUUUCCCGAGCCUCGUGGGAUUGACCCGGUUGACCGAGUUGUAUCUGAUAGAGUUCAGUUUCCUAGAGAUCCCGAGUUUGAACCAACUUGUUGCGUUGGAGACUCUGAGAAUUUUGAAGGCGCCAAAUCUAGUGAACUUGGACGGGCUCGAGGGGCUGGAGCACUUGAUCUACCUAACUUUUGAGAAUUGUGGCGCCCUGAAGACGAUACCCAGUCUUCGGGCUAGUUCGACCAAGUUGCAGAAACUAGUGAUCCGCAGGUGUCCUCGACUGACUGAGAUUCAAGAAUUCGAUAAGUUGAAAAAGUCUUUACCAAGUAAGCUCAUACGCAUACGGGAGUGUCCUAGUCUCGUAAUUGUUGACGAGGAGGGAAGUUCUUCAGGCCAAGACAGUGCAAGGACAAGUUUCGUUAGUACAGCUGGUUGA